AUGCAUAAGGUGAUCAUUGGCAAAAAGCGUCUUAAGAGACUCGUUUCUCUUCCCACAACAGGAACGAGAAAAUGGCGAUCAAAGGACUCGAGGGAAGGGGCUGGAUCGGUAAGUAUCUAAGUACAUCGGAAGUGAAUCUUCUAUAAACGCGCUAUGCUUUCAGGAAGAAAAAAUCUAUAGUCCAUAAUCCUUGUGUUUUUAAACUAAUUCGUUACCUUUUUUCUUGGACUACGUUCGCUGUCAAGAAGUUUAUGACAAGCUAUAAAAGUCAGAAUGCAAACGAUGAUAUUUUUAAUUGUAGAAACCAGCGAGACCCCUGCGUGGUUUUUAAUUCCUUUUGAACAGUCAAAAGAAUUGAUUACAGUCAUCGAAAUUACUCCUCUGAGUUACAUUGUCAAAGAGACAUGUAGUUAUAGAAGCAUUUUACUUGUAAAAUCAAGGUUUUGCGACGUAUUAACGUCUAUAGCGAUGUCAAAAAAGCACAAUUAACAGCACCUACUGGUAGAUGUACAAACAACAAAAUCUCCUCUUAGUCCAUGUCUUAAAAAGCAGUUAAUCUUAAAUGGCUAGCUAAAUGCAAGAUUCAAAAUCCUUAAAACGUUUCUGAAACUGACAUAUCAGUAUUUCCCCUUGUUGUUCUACUCUUGCUUACGAAGAUUUAGAGGUUUAAAUUCUAGCCAUUGUAAAUUUUUUUCGUCAAUAAUUUAUUAGCUAAAUCCAUUUGUUUUGUUUUCUUUAUCACUUUUACUGUUAUUUUUCGCCCAAUAUCCGUUAUUAUUUGAGUACAAUAAUUGUCUUGUGGGAAAUUAGCUUGUUCCAAUGUCUCCUAAGAGAGAAUAUCUUACCAGUCCAUGAGCUGUACUUCUCAAAAGGCAAAACAGUGAAAACUGAACUGAACAUUACUGAUAAGACAAAUAGCUUGUGAAACUAUCACUACCGUUAUAUAAUACUCUGUUUAGCUCCCCACCCCAUCCAUCUCAAAUAAUCCUUCCUCUUAUUCAGUCCCCACUUCUCUUUUAAGCUCACCUCCCUUCCCCUCCCCCAAGCAAGCCGAGUGAAGACAGUCAGCUUGCAAGGCGGCCAGCUUAAUGCCACACGAAGUAUUGCAGCAGGCAGAAAAAGUCUUGACCGUGCUGUGAAAAGUGUAAUGUAAGGUGUAGAUUCCCUAGGUGACUUUUGAUGACCUUUGUUGUAAACAAACGAACCUUCAAAGUUUGGACAGUGUUCUCUGCCACACUACUGUACUUUUACGAAUUACAAAUCGCUAUUUCAAGUUCACGCUAACCUAUAAAUGGUAUUUCCCUUUCGCCGUUUGAAACUUGACAAGUUUAAGGUUCAAAAAUGUCUAAGCAGAAGAAUAAGAGCGAUGUUAAGGCCAAGAGCAUGGCAGAAAUGUAGGAACAAGGAGUGCUUGUAGUAGAAAUUCUCGGCUCAGCAGUUGAAAAUGGUUUUAUAAACAUUGGAACUAAAACCGGUGAUGUAGGCAAAUUCUUUUUCUUUUGUUGGCACUUAGCGAAAGCUACAACUAGUUCUUAAGUGAUGGACUGUGUCAAAACAUUUAUUUUAAAGACAUGUACAUAUGACUGACAUUAUUAAUGAGCAAGACAGCCCUGACACAGCUCCCUAAAAUGAAUGACUGUAACUUUGCAUGUGGACUGAUCGAAUAUUGUUUACUCAGGUGCUGGAACCUGACCUCUCACUUCAUGUGCCCGAGCUUUUACAGUAAAUCCAUUCUAGUUUUCAUAGUUUUCAUGGAAUCUUUGCUAAUUAAAUAAGCCCCCCCCCCCUUUUCCAAUACCUUCGUCCCUAUAAAGUCCUCACCCCUCCCCCCCCCACCCUACCUAAAACAUGCUUGAAAUAAAUAUGAAUAUUUAGCAAUUAUUGAAUGAGGCUGAGUAGGAUAUGAAGAAUUAAGCAGAUCGAGGAGGGUGUUAUCUUGAUAUCCUACGAAAGCCGCAUUCAUUAUUUGCUUUAUUAUUCACUCAAAAUAAUUCCUAGUUUAAAAACAUGGCUGAAACAUGCUUACCUGCAUCAAUGUUAAAUUCAUCUUCGGUAUUGUACGUUUAGGUUUGUCCAGCUCCACAAAUAUUCUCCAAAUAGCAGAUGUCACCCUCCGAGUUGUCUUCUUGCUGUUUUUGCCAUGCUUUUAGCUAUAAUUUCACCUAGUUCCAGCUGUAGUUCUUACUCUUAAAACGAGUGAAUUGUCUACCUUUUUUUUUUCACAACCAAAACAACUCAACCUUGUCCCCAGGUCUUCUCGGUAACAGUGCUUUAACCUGUACUUGGCUGCAUUUUUGACGUCAUUUCCUUGUUAAACACAAAAUAAAUUCUUCUAAGUUUGGUCAUCAGUGACUGGUUAUGGUGAAUUAUGGGUGAGCUUUUAGCCAAUCAGAAUUGGGGAAAUACAGUAUUUUGAAUGAAUAAUAAUUUUACUUAAUGAUCUCUAAGAAUGACUGUGUUUUUAUGCAAUUGUUUAUGUACGUAUGUUAACACAAUUUGCCAUUAUUUUAAUCUUUCAGGGUUUUGGAAAGCCCAAUGUUUAUCAUGCUACCAUUGUAAUCUUUCUAGAGUUUUUUGCUUGGGGGCUGCUUACAUCACCUAUGUUAACAGUAAGUCCAAAUAUUUUCGAUUUUUAAACAAAUUAAAUCAAUCAUCAGUUGAAAUCCUUAAUCCUUAUAAUUGAUUAGGGAAAAUGUUUAACUGAUUAUCAUGCAAAAAAAUGUAAAAAUUAUCCGACAGUGGACUUCCACCUUUUGUAAAAGUCACCAAACUGAGGCAAACUCCUUGUUUUCAUUUUUAUCCAGGUUUUACACACCACAUUCGAAGAACACACUUUUCUAAUGAAUGGUUUAAUACAAGGAGUGAAGGUAAGAUAUUUCCUUAAUUCCAUUAUAUAACAUCUAUAUAUAUCUGAAAGGUCUCCUUAUUUUUCUUGCAUGAAAAAGUUGUUCUUUUCUUCUUAAGACUAAUAAGUUGUUGUCACUUUUUUUUUUCAGGGUCUUUUGUCCUUUCUUAGUGCACCUUUGAUUGGUGCUCUCUCAGAUGUGUGGGGGCGUAAAUCCUUCCUUCUUGUAACUGUUUUCUUUACAUGUAUUCCCAUUCCACUUCUUAGAUUCAACCCAUGGUAAGUUUAUAAUAAUGAUGUGAUAACAGUAAUGGUGACGAUGAUGUUAGUGAUGAUCAAUGACUUAGAUAAGAUUUCAUCAUCAAGGACUAUCAAUAAAGAUAGCACUAAGGCUAUGGCCCACUUCAUUUUUGUAUUUCCUGGUGAUAUUAGUAAUAGUAGUAGUAGUAAUUCUUUAUUUAGCUCAUGGUAAAAUUACAGUUUUAACUUAACAUUGUACAUAACUGAAAAUUUGUACCAGGUUAUAACUUUAUAAUAAUAUAUGAGAAAUAAAAAGUGUCUCUAAUAUAUUGAAUGACUGUAUAUUUUUUUUUCCUGCAAAAAAAUAAACUGAAACUGAAAUAAAUAAUAUUAUUGGGUUCUUUCUUACGUUAAUUUUUUUGUCUUCUGUUCUCUACUUUCAGGUGGUUUUUUGCUAUGAUCUCAGUGUCUGGAAUGUUUGCUGUCACAUUUUCAAUAGCUUUUGCUUAUGUUGCUGAUUGUACAGAAGAAAAUGAGCGAAGUACAGCUUAUGGACUGGUAAGAUAUUCAUUUCUACACUGUAUUUUUAUCAGAGCAAUGUGACAUGACUGCCAAGCCAAUAGAUGUUAUGCGAAAAUGCAAUUUCAGAAAGUUACUCUCAAAUUCCUUCUUAAAGUAUAAGCCAUUAAAAACCCCAUUGGAAACAUCACACAGAACCUUCCAGGGGCACCCAAUGACCAAUUAAGGUUUCCAAGUAUGUCAGAACUGUCUCAGAUGGUUUUCUCUAUGGCUGAGAAGCCUGUUUGGGUCAUUUGGAGCUGCCCAGUGAGAACUGUUUAUCUGUUGGGAUGUCUUUUUCGUCUCAUCUGAAACUGUUAGCUUCCCUGAUGGGUGUGGUUGAAAGUUCAAGGACAUUUAGUAGCCAUAUACCACAAUCAGAAGUUUCUAGGGGUUGUUUUGUCCUUAAAAAUUUUAAAAAGACAAUAAUAAUAUUGCAAUAUCUUGGUAAUAAGAUGUGAAAACAACCUCUGAAAAUCAUAGGUGAGCUGUAGAAAUUUCUAGGCAAUAUUUACUUGUUUUGACAGUUACUGUAUUUUACAGAAAUAGCCAGUCAGUGCCCCUCCUUUGAAAUUCACAAAUCUCAGGGCUUCUGACAUUACACAAUGGGCAAAGAACACAAGAAUGUACAUGUACAUGUUACAGGUCAAAGGAAAAAAUUUAACCUAGAUUGAUUCUCCAUUUCCUUGGUCUCCUAGCCCUAAUUAUAGCUGUAGUUAAACAAUAAAUUAAAUUCAUGAUAAAAUAAUAAUUGUUAUUAUUUUAACGUGAAUUUAAUUUUGACCUUUGUUUGCUUUUUGUUAAUAAUAUUCAAUUCAAUACAAUGUAAUUUUAUUUCAUCAGAUUUAAUAAUUAUUUUUACCAAGAAAUAGUUUCUUUGGUGAAAGAACAUAAGAAUAUACAUGUACAUGUUACAGGUCAAAAAAAAAAUUUAACCUAGAUUAAUUCUCCAUUUCCUUUGUCUCCUGGCCCUAAUUACAGCUGUAGUUAAACAAUUAUUAUUUUAACAUGAAUUUAAUUUUGACCUUUGUUUGCUUUUUGUUAAUAAUAUACAAUACAGUGUAAUUUUAUUUCAUCAAAUUUAAUAUUUUUACCAAGAAAAAGUUUCUUUGGUGAUUAUUUUAACACUUGGGUAUGUUGGAUUUUUAGGUUUCUGCUACAUUUGCUGCAAGUCUAAUUAUUAGCCCAGCCUUGGGUGCUUACAUAGGAAAAAUAUAUGAUGACAGUGCCGUUGUAGCGUUAGCAACAUUUGUGGCUGCCUCAGAUCUCUUAUUCAUCUUAAUUGCUGUUCCCGAGUCCCUUCCGGAGCGAAUUCGUCCAGCGUCAUGGGGGGCACCAAUCUCCUGGGAGCAGGCAGAUCCAUUCGCUGUAAGUUGACAUAGAAAUAGCCUGAGAAAACAACUGACAUUUGGCGACGCUACCGCUGGUUUCCCCACCAAGUGACGUUUGAUAAACGAGCACAGAAAUUCCAUACUGGUAAGGCAUCAUUACCCAGAUCUGGGUAGUGAUGCGUCCUCAGUAUCGAAUUUCUGCGCUCAUUUCUCAGACGUCAUUUGGCGGGGAAACCAGUGGUAGCAUCACCAAAUGUUUGCUGUUUGCUCAGGCUAACAUACAAAUUAUUAUCUAAAAAAAUAAUUAUUACAACAAUGCCAUUUGCCAACAUCUUGUGAUGCCACCUCUAGUUUCCCUGUGAAUUAACAUGUGAGGAGCAAGCGCAGACAUUUCAUACUGUUGACGUCUCACUGUCCUGAUCUGGGUAGCAGUAGUGGUUCUGAUUCGAAGAAGCAACUUUUCCUUGUGGCACAACCAAUCAGAGGUACUAUCCAGACCUGGAUAGUGACACAUAAUCAGUGUGGAAUUUGAAUUUUUUCGCUUCCUUGGACAUUAUUUUGUAGGAAAGAAAGUGGUGGCGUCACAAAAUGGUGGCUGUUUUAUCAGGCUACUUUUCUUAGCAGUAACAAUAAUAUAAUAACAUUAUGACUGGACUGAAGGCAAAUUAAUUUUACUUGGUGGGAUAAGUACAUUUGGGGUAGAAUCUCAUUCAGUUUAGAAAAAAGUGAUCUUAACACAACAGAAAUUUUCAAGCUUGUUGGGCUACUGUUAUGUUGUUUUGUGUAAACCUACCCUCUCAUAGAUUAAAUAAUUUAUGCAGUGUAUGUAACUUGCCAAAUCAGUAUCACUCUCCAUACAGAGUAAAAUUAAUACAGAUCAAAAUCAACAGCAAACAAGAUUGAUAAAAAUUUUUAAAAAAGCUUUACUGAAUUUAUAAUAUUGCUCUGACAUCAGUGUUUAUUUUUACAAUUUCAUUCCCAGUCUUUACGCAAAGUUGGCCAAGAUCCUAUAGUCCUUCUUAUGUGCAUGACAGUGUUUUUAUCGUAUUUACCUGAAGCUGGCCAAUAUUCCUGUAUGUUUCUCUAUCUUAAACAGGUAAGUGUUCUAAAUAAUUUGUUAUAUCUAUAUUUUUUUAAAUUCUGUGUUAUUAAAAAAGACCGAAAUACAACCUGUGUACUUGUUUGAAUUGAAAUCUAUAACCAAUUAAAAUUUACCAGGCAUCAAUCUGCAUUAUCUCAACAAAUUAAGACAAUGUUAAUAACAGAGAAGUUCUUUCUUUCCUAUGAAAUAGCAGUGUUAAUGUACAUGUACCUUAAGAGUGUGCUAAGAUUUUUAGAUGCUUUUACUUUGAUUUUUGUUUUUCAUGACAACGUCCAUUGUUUUUUUCAUUUUGUUUUGCAGGUUAUACAUUUUACUUCAGAAGAUGUAGCAACCUUUAUAGCAGUAUUAGGAGUUUUAUCAGUAGUAUCUCAGGUAAAUAAUUAUCAAUUAGUCCACGAGUGCGCGUUGGACAUGAGAUGGUAGAUAGCCAACGAGUGCAAGUGGAAUAAUUGUUUUUUUAAAAUGCCCACAAAAUAUCGAGAAUUCUUCCCAACUUCAUUUGUAAAAACAACAGAUUUUCAGCAUGUUUUAAUUUUGAGCAGACAUGUACAGUUAUCAUACUUGGAGAGCUUGGUAUAAUGGCUCAUAUACCAUGAUGGCUAAGCCAAUCAGAGCUCUAGAAUUUCCUAUCCAAUGAUUCCGUUUUUAAUAGAAAAACAAUUAUUUUACAACAGAUCAAGAUCGGUGACUUGAGAUCACUUGGAUAAUAGCACAUCAGAGGAACUGACAAUUCCACCCUGGGUUUUUAGGAUUCAAUGGUUCAUUAUUGAUAUACCAUGAUCCAGGAGACACAGCAUCACUGACUCUGAUCUGAGUUAUCCCUAAUGAAUGCACCCUUAGUUUUUGUUAUGUACACUGUAGACAUGUCUCAUCCUGCAUUUGUCUUUUUUCUUCUUUUAGACUGUAGUUCUUACUUGUCUCAAGAAAACUAUAGGUUUGAAGAACUGCGUUUUAAUUGGAUUAAUAUUUGAAAUUCUUCAGUUGUCCUGGUAUGGUCUAGGAACACAAUUCUGGUAAGUUAAGCAACAAUCAUUUUGGUUUUUUUUAUUAUUAUGAUCGUGUAUGUAUUGAUUGUGUUUUUGUAAUUAUUAUUAUAUGUAAUUAAGUAAAGAUAUUGUAUCUUUUUUCAAAACUGAUGCCAUACCACACCCCUGACUGCCCAUAAAGACUGCCUACCUCCAUCCUUUAAAGAGAUGUGUUAGAAUUGGAACAGUGGAAUUUUAUCAAAAUUCUAACAGUGGAAAUUGCCACCAAAUUGAUUGAAACAUCAAAAAUAAUAUUCUCACAAAACAUUAAAAAUGAUAAGCUACUAAUAACCCCAGCAAAUACAAGAUUGGGCCAGGACAGAAAACCUGAAGAAGAUCAAAAUGGAUUGAAAUUGUUUGUUUUUUUUUUCUGAAAACUUGUUAGGCUAACAGUUUUUCAUUGUUCAUUUUUAUGCUUGAGAAAUAUAUUUGUUGGACAAGAGGCCAUAAUUUUGCCGUUUUCAAGUAUUUUCUUCGUUAAUGUUAAGUUCCAUAGGGCAUGAGGAAGCGUAAUUGGCAAUGUUAGUGAACUUAUGCAACAGGAUGAGAGUAAACCUAGUGUGACAAGCGUGACAAUGAUUUUGUUUGAAAAAGCCUUCCACCAAACUUCGCAUUCCUAAGAACAGAUCUUUUUGUAGAAGAGCAAAGAACAUCAGUGUUAAGAAAAUUCCCAACAAACUUGUAACGCGAGUAAUAACCCCGUCACAUUUGUCACACACAGAAAUUUUGCCAUCUUCUUCCUUCUGCCAUCCUGUUGCGUAAACUCACUAUUAACAAAAUGACCUCGACAGCCGUGACACAAGCUAUAGUGGAAAGGUUUUAUUGUAGCCAGUGAAGUCUAGUAUACAACCCAUGGUCUUAUGUUUUGUUUGUGAUGAUAGGAUGAUGUGGGCAGCUGGAUCCUUAGCAUCUGUCUCCAUGAUAACUUACCCAGCCAUCAGUGCUUUGGUGUCAUGUAAUGCUGAAGCAGACCAACAAGGUUCGUAAUGAUUUUGAUUGUUUAUCAUGAAGAAAAAUAUUGAUCAUAGCAUAAACGUACAAAAUUCUUUGAUCUGGUUGGCUGUCAUCAGCCCUGUUUUUAGCAUACAAUGUAAACAGACAGAACAUGCAAUUUUGUGCACACUCCUGAAUAGGUUUUUUUUUGUUUUGUUUUUGUCUUUUUUAUAUAUUUAUUUCAUUUUUUUUUUCAUGUCUAAAAAAAGUCUACUUUAUUUCACUAUCGACAUGUGCAUUACACCUGAUAAAAUUUUGUAACUAAAGUAGAGUAAUUUAUGUUAGGUUGAACUUAAUUCAUCUGUGCAGCUAUUUUGUAGGCUUGUCCCUCCCCCCACGCCCACUUCUCACCCAAAAAAAUGUCACUUUUAGUAAAACACGGCAUGGAUGUUGGCAUGCCAAUCUGGAAAGUAUAUUGGGUGUAACACAGUGUGACUCAGUGUGAAAAAUCCUAACUACAAUGUACUCCCCUGACUAACAUAUUUUUUUUAUGUGUAAUUGUUAGGCGUGGUCCAGGGCAUGAUAACUGGAAUUAGAGGACUGUGUAAUGGCAUUGGACCUGCUUUAUUUGGACUGGUAUUUUAUGUGUUUCAUGUGGAUUUAGAAGAUGAUGAUCUGAAGGGUAUGACUGUCACGGUAUCAACCAAUCAGACCGCUAUGGAGGAUCCCUAUGGAGAGGUACUGAGAAUAAUGUAAUUAAAACUGGACCAAGACACUUUGGAUCAUUAUAUGUUUCUGGGAAACUGCCCACGUACCCCUCCCUAGACUACGAGUAGUCCCCCAUUUUUCCUCAGGGAUAGUAAAUCGAGCAAAACGCGAGCGCGCGUGAAAAAUCACCCCACGCGAGGAAAGGCGACACGUGGCUGGGAUAGACACCUCGCAUAAGGUGAUUUUCUCGCGCGCUCGCGUUUCGCUCGCUCUACUAUCCCUGAGGAAAAAUGGGGGAAAACUCGUAGUCUAACCCCUUCCCUAAGCCAACAUUUUGCCACAAGUGGUAAACCAGGGAAACCAGUGGUAGCGUCGCCAAAUGUCGGCUGUUUUCUCAGGCUGUACUGAGUCUAGUUUAUGAUAUUUUCGUUUCACCCUUUUUUGUUAAUUCUAGUGUUAACCAUUUAUAUCAUAAUAUCAUAGGUGACUAAUUACUCCUUAAUUUUGGCGCGAAAUUUCAGCGUUAGUUUGUAAUUUCACAUGUGAAAUUACUAAAUUGCCAUGGCAACCUGCCGUACGUCUCCGUUUCAAGAUGGCGACGAAGUUUUAAAAUGUCAUGAAUGAAGAUGUCAGGGCAUAAAAAGACGCUUUAAAAAACCUGAACACACGAAAGAGCACAUCAAGAAGGAUUCUUAGGGGUAUGUUGUCGAAAAAUUCCGAAAACUUAAGCCAAAUUUCAGCUCUAAACUUUUGAGAGAGUGGAGUUCACGAUCGAUCGAUACGAUCCAGCAUAAACAAGUCAAAAAUCCUCGAUUGCUAUGGUAAUUCGUCACCCAUGAUAUUAAUAGGUAAUCAAAUGGUAUACUCGUGAAAUUAGGGAAUAAUUUCACUUGCGUUUUGUCCAAAUCCUAAGAAUUUAAGGAUUUGGACAUAACGCGCGUGAAAUUAUUCCCUAAUUUCACUCGUCACCAUUUGAUUACACAUACUUAUUACUAACGAAAUGAAUUCUUACUCGACAGAAAUACAGAUUUUGAGGAUAAUUAACAAUAAAAAAAUUAGGAAGUUUAUUUGGUUAAUAUUAUUUAUUUAUUUAUUUACUUAUUUUUUUAUUAUUAUUUUGCUUUCAUCUCUAUAGACCAUUGUGAAAGGUGCACCCUUCCUGUUUGGCGCUGGUUCUGUUAUCCUUUCCCUCCUCUUGGCUUUCUUUCUACCAGACAAUGGUGGGACCAUAAAUCUCACUGGCCGCUCUCCUACAAGACGAUCAGUUGAUUUCAGUUUCCAGAGUGAAUGUGAAAUGAGUGGAUCGGAAUUAAGGGACAUAAACUGUACAACAGAUAGCGCACCUCUUCUAUCUGACACCAAGCCUCUUUAA